GUGUAGCUGUCAAUCUCGUUGGCAGCACAAUUUAGAGGUUAUGUUUUCUCUAAAAUAUUAACGAAUUUUCGUUCAUUUCUCGAUUUAUCUAAAAAUAUGUCGGCCAUGGACGAAAAGAAAGAGCAACCAAUACUUCCGGAAUUAUUGAAACAUGUCAAAACAGACUCUAAGAGUGGGAUCUCCUCGUGCCUGGUGCGACUAAAAAAUGAACCCAAAUGCUACAAGCAGUUUGCAAAAGAUGGAGGAUUGGGCAUUUUAGUAAAUUUACUUCGCUGUCAUAAUUUGAAGAUAUUGAAUAUGACUUUAAGCAUUCUAGCGAACGCGUGCUUGCAUUCGGACGCACGAGAAAAGGUUAGAGGAUCUAAGAUAGCAAAUAACAUAGUCUCUAUAAUAAAAUAUAUAAAAUUAGAAAGCACUUUACAGUGCCGCGCGUGCAGAUUAAUUGGAAACUUAUCGGAGUGCGAUUGGCAUGCCAAAUCGUUUUGUAAAGCUGGUGCGAUUCAGGCUAUAGUUGAUCUUUUACAAUUAAAUACAAAUACGCAAACUUAUUUAAUGAGCGUCAGAGCUAUAAGAAACAUUUGGAGCAUACACGAAGGCAGCAGAGAAGAAAUAUUAGAAACUGGUGUUAUACGUAGAAUUACAGGAUUAUUAAUAAUGGCAGUGGGGAAAUUAGAAACAAGCACGAGAACUGCUUCCGAACUAAUAGAGAUUUGUUUGAAAGCAAUGUGCGCAUUUUUGUGUACUCUUGACCCUCGAGUUAGCGAACAAAUUCGAGGGGAGAAAGAUUUGCAAGGCUAUAAAUGCAUCGUACAAUGCCUCGGUAUGAAAAAUAAAAUGGCUGUCAAGUGUUUGUACAACCUCUGCCAAAUAGCAGAAUGCCGUCCUAUAUUGGGAAAUUCUGGCGCUAUCGAAAGUCUCAUUAUUCUCAUUAAAGAUCGCUCGGAAUUGUGUAAAGAGAUGUUGUCCAGUUUAUGUUUAUUCUGUCGCGAAGCUGUGAAUCGUGCAAGGAUUAGAAUUGGAUCUGGUUUAGAAUUAAUGCUGUCUUUAUUACAAAGUUCUCAGGAUGAAAAGUACCACCCUAUGUUAUUGCAUGCUUUGGCACAAUUUGUCUACGAUGAUCCGAGCAUUGUGAUAAUGGUGAAGAAUGGUUUGCUUGAUGUUCUUGUAACUAGAUUGAGAAAAAUGGUCAGGGAAACCAUAAGUAACGAGGAGACUAGGAUUUCGAAGAAAAGAGGCAACGAAUCGCCACCUAACAAACAAACAGAAUUCAAGUAUAACAAAACCAAUCUAGGACGAUUUAGUUCGGAUUAUUAUCGCGAUGACUGGAGUCCAGGCAGUGCGACCAGUGUCUCUUCUUCGCCCCCUUCAACGCCACCAUUACCAUUUUAUGAUUCCUUAGAGAACGAUGAAAAUACAGAAGAUAAUUACAGUCCAGUUUGUAGUGAUACAGAAUUUAUGGACAACGAAGAUGAACCACAAGAAGAAGUGGAAUCGCUAGAAAGUUGUAAAUCGGUGAUUGCAGAGACAGAAGAACCCCAGACUUCCGAAAAAGGAAAUAAAUCGAUAGUAAAUAACUGUGAAUAUGCAAACGUAUGGACGUUAGUUUUACUAAGUCGUCUGAGUCAUUCGAACGAUCCGAUCGAACGACUGGCCGAUUCUACCACCAUCGAACCACUGUCAGCUUAUAUCAGGCAUGCUAAAAACCCAAAGGCGUCCAGGAUUUUAACACGGAUUGUAAGAAAUGGAGCGUAUUUAAUGCCUCUGUUGAAGCAAGGCUUCGUGUUUGAAGCUCAGACGUUAUACGGUUCAGAGCAAUACUUAAGGCAGUUAUGUGCUCUUGCCGAAACCGGUGGAGCAAUAGGUGAACUGACAUCCAUACUACUGCGCGGAGACGAAGCUCACAAAUUGGUAAUCGCAGUCUCGAUACCAUUUUUAAUUAAAUCACGCUAUAUUCUCAAGUCCCUGCUGAACAAUUACGGUGGCUUGGCAUUAAUAUUCCGCGUGCUAUCCGACCAACAGCACAGUCUUUACAAGAAUGCUAUAUGGUCGAUUUGUCGGUUAGCAAACACGCUGCAGAUACAGCCAGAAAUGAUAGACAAGUGUCAGAUCACGGACACCGCAUCGACAGAUUUCCCAAGAGUUUACGAUAAUCAUCCUAAGCCGGCUACUGUCACGUUCGAGUUGGACGAUGGCACAACCAUCAAUGCCUGUAGACACACGCUAUGCCAAAAGUCGGAUGCCUUUUCUGCAAUGCUCGAAGGAAACUUUUCGGAAUCGGGGAAAAAACGUGUGAAGCUGCGAAACACGUCGAGGGAAGGUCUUCACACGUUAUUACUCGCCGCGAAUGGCGCUGCCUUUGAAAACAGAACCAUCGAGUCUUUAUUGGACGCCGUAUUGUUGGCCGACAAGUUUCUAAUGAACGACGUGUCGGAUGUUCUCACAGAGAGUUCGAUUUCCAAGCUGAAUUAUCAGAAUUUCAGCAGAGCCUGGAAUUGGGCGAAAAAUAACGCAUGUCACGAAUUGAAAUCUUGCUGCGUAAAGAGCUUUCUCACAGCCUCUAUGACACAUUCGGAAAGAGUACAAGCAUUUCAGGACUUUUCCAACAGCGAUAGCUUCCAUGAGUUCUUGGCCGAGGUGAGACAGAUAAUUAAUAGCGUUCUGUGCCAACGUUGACGACAAAGUCAUUUAACUUAAUUGUGAUAUUAAUAGUAGUGAAAUCGUAGUUUAUAUAUUUGGUCGUUCAAUCGUGAUCACGACGCACUCAAUGAAAUUUUUAUAAUAUGAAAGUCUUUAUUCAUCGUGCCCCUAUUAUCGUACUUGCUGUGAAUAUAUUUUAAGAGGCAGUAUCGAUGUACAUUUACUGAUUAUUACACGUUUGUAGGUGUAAUUUCUUUAAAGAAUAUACAUUGAAAUGCUAAUUGUAUAUACGUGUAAAGGAGUCGAAUUUAGAAUUGACUAAAAUAGAACGAACAUAGAUGUUCUUCCUUACCAUUGUACCAUUGUACAAUCGUACUCUACGUGACUCAGCCUCGUUUUUCAUAUCCUUUGCGUUAAUUUUAAUUGCAUCGGUUCCGACGGAAUGGAAAUUAAAUGCAAAAUCAUUUGCACUUGAUCCUUAUUCACGCAAUCUAUCUUGAAUGAUUUCAGAAGCUGAAACAUUCAUAGAAACGUAAUUAAUUGUUGUUGUAUCCAUUUCGUUCAACUAAUUUAAUAUAUAUAUAUAACCGUACUUUUUUUGUUAUUUUAUCUUAAGAAUGUAACAUAUACAAGUGUUUAUCUUGCACAAUUUUACGAAAUAAUCAAUUUAAUAAAUAUAUAUUAUAAACAA